UGUAUCUCAUGUUGUAUUGCAUCAAUGGCAACUACAGGUUCUUGUGUUGUUGACAACAAAGGUUCUUGCAGGCCUGAGAGUGGUUCUGGUGGAAAAAUCUAUUCACGUAGACUAGCUGUAGCUUUCGCUUUAUUUCAAGUUCAACCAUGAUGCGUAACAACUUCGCUUUGGCUCUCAAAAUUUUGACAGCCAUUUCUCUGGGGGUGAACACAACUAUCGCUGCCAGUGGUGUAGCCGAGCCGGACCACAAGAAGCGCCGACGUACCACCGCCGCCACGGGAGGUGGUGCAACUUCCUUUACCGACCACCACGCCCUUCUUGCUUCUAGUACAUAUCCUGCAGAUGGUGCAGAUGAGGAUGUGAUGCUUGUCCACGAGGGAGCCGACAGCGGGGUAAACGUGACGCCGUCUUUAUUAACUACACAACAAAGAGGAAAUGACGCCGCCGGCGCUGACUGUUCUACGACGUGCCACGGCGCAGAAGAAAAAUGCUGCCAGCAACAAGCCGCAGCUUCAUCUACUUGCGAGCAUGAUAAGCUAGAUUUGACUGGCUCCGGCACCGGGUAAUCGUCUUGUGCAACAGCGUCGUCCGCACCCACCGCAACCUCGCCUGCCGCGCCUCGCACGACAACUCGUUCUAAAGAGUUUGACUUUGACCUGGCCACCAGCUUACAAGAAGACAAUCAUCCUUUGCAGCCUUACCUCCUCCACGGAUUUCUCCGUACCCGGCGGGACUACGAAAAACUUGCCCAGGUCUCGAAGGAAGUCGGGACAGCCUUGCAGCUCGCGGAGAGAAGCCUCGCGAAAAAGGGGCAGAAAGUCUACGAGUCUUUCCGUUCCUGGUACGAACUCAACGACACGAUGCAGCUUUGGUGGACUGACUCAUACAGGAAGCAGGACCUUCCACAUGGUCUACGAACCGAAACCAACCUCGUCUUCCCCAACGAGGUCUACGAACCGAAAAAGUACGAGGCCCUUCGGAAAAAAGCAGAGGAAAAGUACGGCCCAGUGGAGCAGUGGGACGUUGGCCGACUUAGGUCUCUUCCACGUUUUUGUGAAUACCAUAUCCUGGCGGCGUGGAAGCAAAUAUAUCUCCCGUCUUUCCGGAUCUCGCAUUGGCGUACUAGAGGCAUCGAGUCGAUGCGCCGUGUUUUUUUUGACUGUAAGGGUUUUAACCAGCCGCUAAACUGGGACACGAGCACAGUGCGCGACAUGACAGAGAUGUUUGAGCACUGUAGCGACUUCAACGACUCCUCCAUUAGCUCGUGGAACGUGAGCAAGGUAAGACUCAUGACUUGUAUGUUUUGCAACGCCACAAGCUUCAAUCAGAAUCUCGGGAGUUGGAACCUCUUCAGCCCGGCGCAUCUGGUCGACGUGCGACUUAUGUUUAGCGAUGCUGCCGCGUUCGACCAAAACCUCUACGCAUGGGGGUGGGGCCCUGGACUUGCGAAUUCAUUAGGGGGGUUACGCACCAGUCCUUGUAUGAUUGCGAACACGAUUGUUUCUCGCCGCCUGCGUAUUGCCGGAAACGACUUGCAUCCUGGAAAGAUGUCCUUUCGCCGGUCCUGGAUGGAUGAAGACCGUUGGAGACGCGCGUUUGCGCUGCCCUCGGAUCGCGUCCAAGGGCGCAUCCCGUAGUGGCCGAUAGCGCGAUGUUGCACUUGGUGACAACAUGUAUGUGUGCCAGAGUCAUGCGCCUGCCAGGAAAUAUUAAGCAUCAUCAUUAUCAUCAUCAUGUCAAAUCCUACAUUGUUUAUUAGAAGAUGUUGACCACUCUCCUGGCAUCUAUUGUCAUUUACACGGCAACAAAAAACGUUUUUAUUGAUUAGAGCGUGACUAAGACUACAGCAUUUUGAUUUUCAUUUGCCAUGCAGAAUAGGUACCGCGGCACUUGUCUCUUGAUGAACCACGGAGAGAGAAGAUGACGCUGAGGAAAGACAAGUAUUUCGCGGACCGUCCUCGCCUUUUUCGCUAAAGAAACUCAAUGCUUUGAAUCAAUGGCAUUACCACUACGACACUACAACCUAAAUUCGCUAUGCUUCUUCAGUAGGCGUUCCCGGGUCAGUAUUUUGUUAUUUGCUUUUGUAUGAUCCUUUCUGCGCAUUAUACGUGCCGCCUCCUUGGCGUUGCACGUCCCUGCAAAUGCCACAAGGUAAUGAGCUCAUAUCCUCCACAGGUUGUUUUAUUGAAUCCAACUUUAGUACUUAAGUAAUUGAGUUCUUCGAACUAAUGUCGAGCCUUUUGUUUUGGUAAAUACCACUAGGGUAGCGGGGCACGCUAUUCCUGCCGCGCGUCGGAGGAGGGAUGUGUGGCGAGGCCAACCCGACCGAAUCAUCACCAUAGCUGAAUACAGAUCGCAUCAUGCAUAUCAUAAUUUUAAAUUUUCAGAAUAGAAGUUAUCGCGACAUAAUUUUAGUUUGCACUAGAUAGAAUCCCAGCAAAAUAUGAAAACAGCAAGCACACACGUUGUACGAUGAGCAAGAGAGCCGCAAAGAACGGCCCGGCAAAGAGGCCGGCCUAAAAGUAAAAAAGGCCUGUACUAUUUUAAUUCAAAACCUGUGAGCACCACUGUGACAGCAGACUAACUGCUGCGAGUGAGUUUUCUUUGGUUGGUCUUCUUGAGCGAGCGCAUCUCUCAGCCUGAUGACGAAAGCGCUGCACCGAAGCGUCGUUGUUGAUGUUGCGCGCUACAUGCUUUUAAUCUUCAGGAAGAUUGAAGGUGAGAAACAAAUAAAUCUUCAGGUGACGUUCUUGAAGGUUUAGAAAUAAAUCGCCAUUGAAAUCAUGAU